AUGGAGAUUUUGAGCCGUGCGUUGGGAGGAAAAUCCGGCAGGGCCAUCACCGGGUGGGACAUAGGAAUCCGGACCGUCCACUUGUCAGCAUCUUCCAAGGCUUUCUCAUCUCUCAAAAUUCCAGCUCUUCUCUCCAUAUAUGAAAUCCAUCGAGAUGAGGUGUGGGAGCUUCCUCCUAAGGCUGAGUUGAUUGCAUGGUCGGAGAAGACUGGGGUGGAGAUGUUCAAGUAUGGAGAUCACAUCAUGGGCAUCCAAGGCCACCCUGAGUACACCAAGGACAUCCUUCUCAACCUUAUUGAUCGUCUCGUGAAACUCGAAUACAUCGUGGACACUGAAACUGAGGAGUUGAAGGCCAAGCUGCAGGCGAGUGAGCCAGACCAAGAGGCAUGGAAGAGUCUCUGCAGAAGCUUUCUCAAGGGAGAAUUAUGAUGAUAAAUUUCCAAUGUAUGGGAAAAUAAAAUAAAAAAAAGGGAUGUGUAAAUAUGCUGUGUUGAGGAGGGGCUAAGAAAGGGUUGUGCGGGUUGGGCAGUUUUCAGUGUGAUAGGCAGAAGAAGCUUAGGUGGGUAACUGUAUUUAGGUUGGAAGCUUAAGAUGUUAUCUAGUGUAUUCCCAAGGGAAUUUGCAAGGUUGGCUACUCUAAUAAAAUCUGUGUUUUUUUAAAUAUUCCCACUAACAUUA